AUGGUGAAAAUAAUGAAAUCCCAGAAAGUUGUCAUUGUUUUAGCUGGCCGUUAUGCUGGCCGCAAAGCUGUGAUAAUUAAACCACAUGAUGAUGGUAGCAACGAACGAGGUUAUGGUCAUGCACUGGUUGCUGGUGUUGCUCGUUAUCCACGAAAGGUAACAAAACGAAUGGGAAAAAAGAAACAAGCGCGUCGUAAUAAAAUCAAAUCAUUUGUUAAAGUUGUUAAUUAUAAUCAUUUAAUGGCUACUCGAUAUACUGUUGACAUUAACUUCGAAAAAAGUUUAAUCAAUAAAGAUAUAUUUCGUGAUGCUGGCCUCCGACGAAAAGCUAUUCGAGAUGCCAAAGAAAAAUUUGAAGAGCGAUACAAAACUGGCAAACAUAAAUGGUUCUUCCAAAAGUUACGAUUCUAA